AAGAUUUUUUUAUAUAUAGCGAUUAAACUUUCGAAAUAGAGGGAUGGUAUUAAUAUUAUUUAUAUUGGUUGGUGUUGCUAAGGUAAUCUUUGCUAAAAACGCUCAAUUGGAAGAUGUGCUAUUGGAACGAAAAUUACUUUUCUUUUUGAGUAAUAAUAAAUUGUGGCAGAUGGAGAUGGAAGGAAACAUCAUCCAUGAGAAACUCGUGAACGACGCUUUUGUAGUUGACUACGACUUCGAUGAAAUAGGGAAUCGGUUGUUUUGGAUUGACCAGGCUGGGCAAAUCAUUGCAAGAAAUAUUAAUGGUCAAUCUGUCGAUAAAUGUAUGUUUCGGUAUUAUUUAGCUGGUUCUGGGACGAGAAUCACAUACAACACCGUGACAGAUAAGUUUUAUAUAAUCGAUGGUCAGUCACAAGAAAUCGAUAUGAUCGAGUCGAUGGGUAAGAACCAAACGGUUUUGUUCAAACGAAAUCCAAUUAAAGAAGAGUAUGUGAUACGGGAAAAGCCGAGAAAAAUCGUUCUAGAUCGUCAAGCGGGCCUAAUGUUUAUUUUGACUGACUUGAAUGGUGUAAAAAAUAUAUACCAAUCAAAAACAGAUGGUACUUCAAAAAAACUAUUAAUUUCAAAUAUUGGCGGUGAUGAAAUUGGAAUCAAUUCUAAUCAUAAAAGAAUAUUUUGGGCUAAUACUAAACAAAAAGUCAUUGAAAGCGCCAACUACGAAGGACAAAAUAGAGCAUUUGUUGCAAAAAUUAAAAAUUCGGUAGCAUUAAAUAUAUAUAAUAAUGAAUUGUUUUGGAUUAUUAACGAAAGUGAAUGGGGAUGUUCGAAAAGUGCUGUUUAUGGAUGCAGAUUAGAAUCGGGUACGUGCGAAAUCAGUCCCGAUUGCCGAAUUCAAUUGGAAGAUCAAUGUCGGAAUCCACGAUCUUUGAAAAUUGUUGGGCUUCAACGUAUAUAAAAUAGAAAUAUUGGAAGCAGUCAUAAAAGCAAAAAAAUCUACAUUUACUCAUUUUUUAG